AUGAGGACCGUCGGACUCCUAGGUGGUAUGACCUACGAGGCAUCUGCCUUGUACUACAAGAUCAUCAACGACCAUGUUCGCGAAAGGCUUGGAGGGCAGAAGUCCGCGUCCAUCAUCCUUCACUCCUUCAACUUUCAGCCGCUUCUGGAGAACAUGAACGCAGGACGUUGGGGUUCGGUCAUCGACCUGUUCACUUCUGCAAUCCAUCCCAUGAAAGCCGCAGGGGCCGAAGCGUUCGUGAUCUGUGCGAAUUAUCCGCACAAAGUCGCCGACGAAGUGGUCGAGAAGAGCGGCCUUCCAGUACUGCACAUUGCCGACUUCACCGCCACGAAAAUCCUACGACGCAAAAAGCGGAAGGUUGGACUGCUCGGGGCCAAGGCGGUCAUGGAGGAGGGCUACAUCAAGGAUCGCAUGCGAGACAAGUUCGGCGUCGAGGUACUCGUGCCGGACGAGCAGAGCAUUCGAGACAGAAUCCACGAAGCGCUGGUCAAGAAUCUCACUCGCGGCGUCGUCACCAAGGAGCUUCGUGAGCUCCUCAUAUCGUCUGCAGAGAAGAUGAUUGACGAUGGGGCGGAAGGCAUUAUUCUUGGAAGCACCGAUCUGGCAUUCGCACUUAAGCCCGAAGAUGUGGAUGUGGAGUUGUUCGACACGAAUCUGCUGCAUGCCAAGGGCGUGGGUGAAUGGGUGAUCCAAGAUGGCUCUAGUGAUGUUUCUACCUCUGUCUAA